AUGGCGGCCACGGCAGAGGAAUAUCUCGACCCUCUGGACGUUGACGAUAUAUUCCCUUGCAGGGCGUGCGGAGAGAUCCUUGAGGAAGGCAAAGCGUACGAGUUGGCCGGCAGUCGAUGGCAUAUCGACUGCUUCCGUUGUCACACCUGCGGCACCCAGCUCGAUUCGGAUGCCAAUCUGCUUCUCCUCGGCGACGGAUCCCUCAUCUGCAAUAACUGCACGUAUAGCUGCACCGCCUGCGGCUGCAAAAUCGAGGACCUGGCCAUCCUAACGGGAGAGCAAGCCUUCUGCGCCUCCUGUUUUCGAUGCCGGAACUGCAAGAGGAAGAUUGAGAAUCUGCGAUAUGCGAGGACGUCGCAAGGCAUAUUCUGUAUGGGUUGCCAUGAAACCAUCAUGGCUAGGCGGAGAAAGAAGUCCAAGGCCGCGUCGGCAGCCAAGUCCCGAGAAAAAGAAGCCGCAACCGUGAUAGAGAAGUCACUCCCUGCCUUGCCGCCAAAUGCUAUCCCCCCCAACGCCUUUUCAAACGACCGCGUCGACCCUGACUCUGAUACCCCUACCGAGCUCUCUCCCCGCCCUCAAGCCCAGACUGCGAGCAGUUCCAGACAACCCCGGUCCCCGGCAAGAUCGGAUUCGGGGUCGACGAAAAUGGAGGCCCUAAGCUUACCAGCUACUACGUACCGGAAAAAUCGCAACUCAACCAUUUACCAUAGCGCCGACUCGGGGCCGGGGGAUGGAGCGGAAAGCUUCUUCAUACCUGUGGCCCUAGACCCGAGCCCUGGCACUGUCAGCACGCCCAGGUCCGCUUCAGAUAACAACACAGCGGAGGGAGGGAGACGCAAGGAGAGGGACUAUUUCGGCGCCCCAAAAGGUUCCAGCCCCGAAAAACGAGACGACUCGAUCACCUCUACCCCGCACAUCGCCUUCCAGGAAAAAGGCCGUCAGGCGUCCUCGGACCAUGACGCGGCUCGACUCAUGCCAGGCAAGUUUUCAAAAGCCUCGGAGCAAGACCAGGGCAAGACAAGCUCUUCGUCCGGAGACGAGUUCAAGCUUCAAGACGCCCCAUCCGCGAAGAAGGGACCAUCAACGCGCAGCAACAGCUCACACUCGUCCCCUCUGCAAGACAGCAGCAGCAGUAGCAGCAGCAGCAGCAGCAGUAGCGGCUCCAGCAAGACAGCAAAUGGCGCGACGCGCAAGGAUGGCCACGCCAACUCGUCCGAAAUAGGAAAAGCCAGCGAGCCGCGGACAUCUGAAGAUGACGAUGCUGCCAAAGGCACGACGACGACGACGACGACGACGACGACCCGUCAAGGUCAACAAAAGACUAUUAUUCGCAAGGACGUUCCAUCGCCAGUUGCUAGGAGUGGCUCUCGACCGGGCCAGUUUGAUCAACAGCCCGGUUUGAGCGACACGUACACGCAACCUCGUGCUGCUCCUCCACCACCACCAGGUGUACAGGAUCAUACAAGUCGCAAAGGAUCGGCCAGCACGAAGGAACAGGCAGAGCCAAAGGUCUCCCCCAAGCUACCGAGGUGGAGCGCCGGAGGAGACUUCAGCAUGGAUGAAGACAUGGCUAGGAUCCUGGGCACCGAUGAGGGAUCCUCCUCCAUUCUGCGAAGGGUGUCAAACGCGGUGCGGCACGGUCGCACUGGUAGUAUCGAAUCUACCUAUCACCACCAUCCUUCCAGAAUGAGCCACAGCCGCAGCGUCAGCGAAACGACGCGAGGGACCGCGUCUCCCGGGUGGCCCAAGUCCCCCGCCGGCGACCAACAUGAUGAAACGUCCAACGACGUCGGCAGCCCUGUUGGGCUGUCGUCUCCUGACGAUGCUGUUGUGUUGAAGCGACAACUUAGGAAUUCGGAGCAACGAGUGGCUGAGCUGGAAAGACAGUUCACGGCGGAAAAGGACAUGAAGAAGCUGGAUCGAAAACUGGUGGAGAAGCGCAAGACGGUGUCUGUUCUCGACACGCAGACUGAGAUUAUGAUUCGCCAGCUUGAAGUGCUCGCUGGCUAUGUCGAGCGCGCCAAGGACACACGGACGCCAAUUGACCCCCGAGAGCUUGAAGACUCGGCCAUCAAGGAGUUUGUGAAGAAGCUGGAAGCUGUCAAGCAGGCCAUGUCGGAAGCGAUUGAGAGGCUCCACGAGGAACGCGAUCAACUUGUUGAAGAGAAGGAUCAGGCCAUGGCGGACAGGGAUCGGGCCUUGAUGGAGUUUGAGCAAAUGUCGUCCAAGAAUGCGCAGUUGGCGGACAUGAACAAUGACCUCACGCACCAGAUCCAAGAACGAUUCAAGUCACAGAUUGGGGAUGUCAAGUCACCCAACGGCCUGGGUAUCUACGGCAGCGGCAAGAUCGGCGGCGGCGGCGGCGGCGGCGGCGGCUCUUCAAUCAAUUUCGAGACGUCCAGCAUAGCGACCGGGGCCACUCUGGUGGGCGAGGAGGAACCGAUUGUCGAGAGCGGCCCGACGGUAGUCCAUGUCAGAAAGGGCCAGGCGAAGAAGUUCAACUGGAAAAAAGGUUCCAAGACGAUGGCGCAGAACGUUGCCAAGGGAGUCAACAGGGCGGUAGUCGCGUUCCAGCAAAACGAUCGAGAGAGAAUGCAACACCCGGGGCUGGCGGGGGACAGCAUCGGCCUGCCAUACAACAUGACGGUGGCGCAGGUAGAGGCGACGGGCCCGGCCGGCUUCGCCGCGCAGAACAAGCAACAACUAGAUCCGGCGGCCAGGCAAGGAUUCGGGUUUUUCGGCAAGAAGAAUGCCGUUUCAAAGUCGUCCUCGGCUGGAGCGAUUGCGGCGGCCGCAAUAGCGGCCGAACCCCCAUCCACGCUGUUUGGGUCGGAGCUGGUGGAGCGUGCCGAGUUUGAGCGUCGUCAGAUCCCGGCGGUUGUUACUCGAUGUAUCGAAGAGGUGGAACUUCGCGGCAUGGAUCAAGAGGGCAUCUACCGCAAAACCGGGGGGAAUUCCCAAGUCAACAUGAUCAAGGAGGGCUUUGAGAAGAAUGAAAACUUUGACAUUUCAGACCCGGAUAUGGACAUUACGGCGGUCACGAGUGUGUUGAAGCAGUAUUUCCGGAAGCUGCCAACACCUUUGUUGACUUUUGAUGUUUACGAGCGGAUUCUGGAAUCCAACGCCAUUGUCGACGAGGCCGAAAGAUGCAAUCACCUGAGGAGAACCUUUGCUUCCAUGCCGGAGAGGCACGGCGACUGCCUCGAGUUUCUCAUGUUCCAUCUGCACCGAGUAGCCCAGCGUGAGCCGGAAAACCUGAUGUCCCCGAAGAAUUUGGCCGUCGUGUUUGCACCGACGAUUAUGCGAGAUCUGAGCAUUGAGCGCGAAAUGACGGACAUGCACUCAAAGAACACUGCCGUGCAGUUUGUCAUUGAAAACACCAACCGUAUCUUUGACGAUGUUUGA